UCACUAAACAUCGAAACCUCGCACACAUCCUAAGCGUCCGAACGGUCCGAACCGAAGAGUGAGUGUUUGUGAUAAGGUUUUUGUUGUUAAUAAAGGGAUACUUUCGUUGUUGUUCCACUUAUCUUUUAUACUGUUUACUGCGGGAUCGAUAUCGAAGAGCGUGUUUUAAAAACGGGGGGUGGAUUAAGCAUAGGUGAACAAUGUUUAAGCUGCAAAGAGCUUCGCAUACGGUGCUGCUGCUGCUGUUGGCUUUCACUGGUGUCGGAUUAUGCUCGGCCCAAUCGAGUGACAUCGAACGGACGCUGACGGGUUGGCUGAAUCCCGGUUGCCCGGAGAAUAUCUGCUCCGGCGACAGCGCGGGGAUUACUCUGGUUCACAUCCGGGCGGAUUCGGCCGUGGAUACAAUACACUACGUGUGGGAUUUCACCGGGAAACCAACGAUUCUGGUGGCGCUGACCAGGAAGAAUGUCACCUUGGACAUCCAUUGGGAUGAUCUCUUUGCAGGACGACCUCAGUCCGUCAAAUUUAGUGAACAACCGAUAUACACCUUUAUGACGGUUAUCAAUCGGAUUUUCCAAUUCGAUGACCCCGAGGAUAAGGGAACGAUGGCCGAAAAUGCGACUCUGUUCGUGUUUGACCCUCAUGAGUUUGCCUACAAUCGGACUUUGGUGUGGUUCAACGAGAAGGAUGUCAUCGCGACGCUGAAUGUCAAUAAUAAUUUCCUGUUUAAGUUGAAUGCCUUCUCGACACGUGACCACGGUAUGGACUAUCCGCAUUUACUGCAUACGUCCAACUCGACCCAGAUCGACAUCGUAUUCAACAAUAUCAGUACGAAGUUUGAGCGACCCCGGUUCGCAGUUGAACUGCUGUUUGUCGUGUCAGAGCAGGCAGUGAGCGGAUCGGAUUUCGAGAUAACGAAGCGGAAAAGUUUGGACGAUGAACAUACACCUGGAAUUUUUGAAAUCAUCGACGUUCUAUCGCCAGGAGCGUUCAAAUACUCCACCGGAGGUUAUCUGGAAUAUCGGCCGGUGGCCUACACUCAUCCGGAGCGGGAUGUCUCCACGUCGACCGAAACACACCAGACUGAACCGAAAUCCAUCGAGUACCCUGCCAAUGAACUGAAUGUCACCCUUGCCUAUGCAAUUUAUGGCUCAAAGCUAGACUCACUGCUGGUUCAGGGCAUGAACAUCUCGUUCGGUUUCAGCGGCGAUGGAUUCUACAGUAAAACGAACUACACCACCAUGACGUUCCAGGUUGGUUACGGAGUUCCUCCGAUUGAAAAGCUGUCUGCCUUUGUCCUGAUCGUUGCCGGAAUCGGCAUCGGACUGCCGCUGGUGAUGCUCGUAUUCGGCGGAAUUUACGUUUGCCUCAAAAAGCUAAGGAAUCGCCCGGGAAUUCGGGUCUAGGAAACAGUUCCGUCCUCGAGAGACAUUAAUAUUACUAGUGAAACAUUUCUCGUUACUAGCCAUAGGAUGGAAUGAACGCUACCAAGUAUUGACACAUUCUCUAUAAAAACCAACAACGAUAUGAUUCAAAUGUGAUAGCAAAUUAUUGAAUGAAAGUUGCAAGGGUAAUAAAGUUUAGUUUUGUAGACAAAUUA